GAUAGAAGUUAGGAGGACAGAAAGAGAAAAAGAAAGACGAGGAGACGCGCAAAGCGGCAGACCGCAUCAAAACUGUCAAUCCUCCCAGACUUGAUCUCAUGCGCAGCAAGGAUGGCGCAGUCUGCCUUCAAAAGUUUGACGCGGCGUUUCUAGUCACAGUUGGGAUUACUUUGGAUACUUGGUGAGUUUGCGCCCCGCUGUAAACACUGACGUGUGCUUUUUUUUUUUUUUUGGUUUGCUUUGGACGGACGGAGAGGGGUUUUUCGCAGCGUCCCCCAUCGGGUGGAUUUGAGAGAAAUGAGUGAGAGGAGGCGAUCUGCCGCAGCUCUGAGCUCUAGAGCGCACGCUUUUUCCGUGGAAGCCCUGAUCGGCUCCAACAAGAAGAGGAAGCUCCGGGGCUGGGAGGAAAAGGAACUGGAGUUGUCCAUGGAGAGUCUUGGCACAGACGGAGAGGACCCGGCGCACUGUCUGGAUAUGGACCCGGACUCCGAGGCGAGUCCCGGUUCGGACGGAGAGGGUCUGGCCGAGAGGACGUCUUGCUCCUUUGGCUCACCUGCCGACCUGGCCCCCGGCCCCUGCGACUCAUCACCCCCGGCCUCUAUGGAGGACAUCCAGGUGGAGCUGCAGUGCGCAGACCUGUGGAAGCGCUUCCAUGACAUCGGCACCGAGAUGAUCAUCACCAAGGCUGGCAGGAGGAUGUUUCCUGCCAUGCGAGUAAAGAUCGCCGGUCUGGAGCCUCAUCAACAGUAUUACAUUACCAUGGACAUCGUGCCCGUGGACAACAAGAGAUACAGGUAUGUGUACCACAGCUCUAAAUGGAUGGUGGCAGGAAAUGCAGACUCCCCAGUGCCUCCGCGGGUCUACAUCCACCCAGACUCCUUGGCCUCAGGAGACACCUGGAUGAGGCAGGUGGUGAGCUUUGACAAGCUCAAGCUCACCAACAAUGAGCUGGAUGACCAGGGACAUAUCAUCCUCCACUCCAUGCAUAAGUAUCAGCCUCGUGUUCACAUCAUUAGGAAAGACUUCAGCAGUGAACUGUCUCCAAACAAGCCGGUGCCCAGUGGGGAUGGAGUGAAGACCUUCAGCUUCCCUGAGACUGUCUUCACCACCGUCACUGCCUACCAGAACCAGCAGAUUACAAGACUAAAGAUUGACCGUAACCCUUUCGCCAAAGGUUUCCGGGACUCGGGCAGAAACAGGACCGGCCUGGAGGCCAUCAUGGAGACUUAUGCUUUCUGGAGACCUCCUGUGCGGACCCUCACAUUUGAAGAUUUCACUAAUAUGCAGAAACAACAAGGUGGAAGCACUGGAACUUCUCCCACCACCUCCAGCACAGGAACCCCCUCCCCUUCUGGUGCAGCACACCUCCUGUCUCCCUCCUGCUCCCCUCCAACCUUCCACCUUCCCCCCAACACAUUCAAUGUGGGCUGCAGGGAGAGUCAACUCUGCAACCUGGGCCUGUCCGAGUACCCAGCCUGUGCCCGCAGUAACAUGGCAGCCCUGCAGGGCUACGGUGGCCUGUCUGACACUUCCUAUGGACGCCUCCAGGCUGCAGGGGGUGCUGUGGCUUCUGCUCAGCCCUCUGAAUCCUUCCUGCCACAGAGGACUUCCUCCUUGAUUGCUGCUGGCAUGCAGGGGAGCACUCAUGCCUCCCUGACUGGUGGUGGCGGUAGCGGUGGCACUGGAGGCAAGAUGGAUGCUUACAGUGGUCAGCUUGGCUCCUUCCCAGCCUCGCAGCUUCAGUAUGUCAUGCAGGCUGGAAGCAGCUCCAGCUCUGCCUCAUCCUCUUCAUCUGGCUCCUCCCCUUCCUCCUCACACAUGUUCAGUGGGAGCCACCACCACAUGCAGCAGGGCUCCUACAAUGCUUUCUCCCUACACAACCCUUACAACCUGUAUGGAUACAGCUUCCCCACUUCUCCCCGCCUGGCUGCCAGCCCUGAGAAGCCCCAGGGAGGUUUACUGUGCUCUUCCUCUCCCGCUGGGGCUUUCUCUGAGCGACAGUACCUGUCCAAUGGAAGCAUGGACACUAUGCACAUGAUUGGCAACACCACCAGCAGCCAACAGGGUAGCAGCUCCUGUGACGGUCGUCAGUAUAGUUCCUCUUCUCAGAUGUCCAUGCACAUGGUGUAGACCUCACAGCCCUUCAUGUUUCUAAAGUCUUUCAGCUGAAAAGCAAAUCUCUAAUCUAUGAACCCGGUUUGGUGUUGUUGAGUCGGCACUUUUACAUGAAGUGUUAAUGUACUGAGGUACAAAGGAAAGCUUCUCAUAGAACGAGAUCAUUUCAUCUUGUUUAAAGACACUCCACCACUUACUCAGAAUCAGAACAAUUAUUUAAUUUUCUUUGUAUCAAUAAAACAAAAACUGGGACAACAAAUUGACACUUACUGUCUGGCAGGAAUGAAACAAACUCACAUCAGUGUCAGAAGGAGAUAAAUGAGCCCACAUGGUCUGUUUGAGAAAGGAUUAUCAGUUAUCAGUUGAAUCUGUUAUGGCAACACACUUUUAAAGUGACUCAUUCUUGUUUUCUGGGGACUCAAAGACCAUCCAGUCAUAACAUCAUGUAACCAAAGAAUCUUCGCUGUGAUCCAGAAGUUUUUACUUGACACAGCACCUGUGCUGUAUCGUUGCAGAAAUGUCACUGGGUGAGUGGUUCGUCAUCAUGGUCUCAAGAUUUGGCUGGAAUGAAAGGGACAAAUGGACAAGGUCACAUAUACAUGUGGGAGAUGAAGUAUUUUGGCACUGCCGUGCCAAACAGGGUGAACACAUAGACACAGUAAGUCACAGAACAGUAGGUCAGGUCAGCUGAGGAGCUCUGCCGUCAGACUCAAAACUCCCAGCUGGUGUACACAUGAGAGGUCAGGACUUCAACCUGUUUUCCUCAUAGACUGGAAUGGCUUCACUAUUUUUGAGUGGAUUAUAUUAGAUGGCGAAUGCAAUCAAUAACAUAAGCUUAAAAGAAGUGUGAAAAGCUAUAAAAGAAGCUAUAGCAAAACUAAAGUAUGUUUUGGUGUGUUGUAGAGAUGUGUAUUUAAGUACUGAGCAAUAUAACAAUUUCACGGGAUGUUCUGGUAUAAAAUGUGUGAAAAAGGGAAAUGGCAAAAUAAUUUUUUGAAGCAUUUUAAAAAAUGUAA